CCCAGAGUUUGAGUGAUCCUGUAUACAGGCAAGCUAAGAUGUUUCGAUUUCUGUGUUUGCUGCUAUUAACGCAGCUAGUGGUCGGCAACGUGCCAGCAAGCUACCUCAGGGACGAAUUUGAUGAUCUGGAUGUAGACGAUCUCUACGACGAAAAUUAUGAUGAGGAAGCAGAAAUAGCUAAGCAGGAUACUGUUGAUGAACGGAUCAAAGCUGCAAUCGUUAAGUCAACAAGGGACGCCGGCUAUCCAUUGGAAACUCACAGUGUAGUGACUGACGAUGGCUAUAUCCUGACAGUUCAUCGUAUUCCGUACGCCAAAUCCAACCGUGAUGUCAAAAACAAGCCAGUUGUCUUCUUGCAACAUGGUCUUCUCUCGUGCUCUCUUCACUACACAACUCAAGGACCUGGAGUCGCUAUUGCUUACCUCCUCGCUGAAGAAGGUUACGAUGUAUGGCUAGGAAACGCUAGAGGAAAUAGCUUCUCUAAGGACCACGUCAAACUUGAUCCAAAGAAGAAGGACUUCUGGAACUUCAGCUGGCACGAAAUCGGAUAUUAUGAUUUGCCUGCAAUGAUUGACUAUGUCUUGAGGAAUACCGGUGUGUCGGCAUUGAACUAUGUUGGCCAUUCCCAAGGAACUACCUCGUUCUUCGUAAUGACAUCAUUGCGCCCUGAAUACAAUGCCAAGAUCAAGGCAAUGCACGCUCUUGCACCGGUUGCUUUCAUGGGUAACAUGGAUAAUCCUUUGAUGAAGAUUUUGGGCCCAAUUGUCUCCAAGGGAACUCUUCUGACUAAUUUGAUUGGAUCUUUCGAAUUUAUGCCAUCGACCAAGUUGAUGGGUACCAUAGGAAAAGUCUUCUGCAAGGACGGCUCUAUCGUCCAAGGAAUAUGUUCCAGUGUGUUGUUCAUGAUUGCUGGAUUCAGUAACGAAAACCUGAAUACGACUAUGCUUCCGGAAAUUCUCCAAACUACUCCAGCUGGAGCUUCGGUCAAUCAGCUCAUUCACUACGCUCAAGAAUAUGUUUCUUAUCGUUUCCGUCAAUUUGAUUUGGGAGCAAUCAAGAAUUUGUUGGCAUACAAGUUCCCAACCCCACCAGAUUACCUGUUGACCAAGAUCACCGCCCCAAUACAUUUGUAUUAUGCUGGAAACGAUUGGUUAACCUCUGUUAAGGAUGUCAAGACUUUGGCUAGUAAAUUGCGUAACGUUGUGUAUAACAAACAAGUUCCACAUCCUAAAUUCAACCACUUUGACUUCUUGUGGGGCCUCCAGGUUUAUGAUCUAGUGUACAGCGAUUUGAUUGCUAACAUCAAGAAAUAUACGUAAUCUGACAACGAUUUUAAAGCAUUA